AUGAAUACUUCUGCAGCAGAGCGCCUCUUCCCCUUGAGGACAGCGCCCCCUCUGCUCAGUCUGUGCAACUUCAGCUCCAAACACAAACCCAACAUCAUGGAUGUGUUUCUAAUGAUCCGACGUCAUAAGUCCACCAUCUUCACCGACGCCAAAGAGUCGACCACAGUGUACGAGCUAAAGCGCAUCGUGGAGGGCAUCCUGAAGAGGGCGCCAGAGGACCAGAGGCUCUACAAGGACGAUGUUUUGCUGAAUGACUCUCAGACGUUGGGAAACUGCGGCUUCACAAACCAAACAGCUCGACCGCAGGCUCCGGCCACAGUGGGACUGGCCUUCAGGAGCGGAGAAGAUUCUUUUGAGCCGCUCAGAAUCGAGUCAUUCUCCACUCCGCCAGAGCUGCCUGACGUCAUGAAGCCUCAGGACUCCGGGAGCAACACCAACGAGCAGGCCGUGCAGUGA